AUGCUUGGAAUUAGAUUAUGGAGAUCAAUAUUCAUUAGAACACAAAAAUCACCAAACCCUGCUUUUCUCCAAUUCUACCCUGGCAGCACAGUAAUAGAAGAAGGUACUAUUGAUUAUCCAUCUCUCCGCCUAGCAGCAAAUUGCCCGCUUGCUGUCCAACUUUUCCAGAUUGAAGGUGUCAGCCGAGUAUUUCUUUCCAAAGAUUAUGUCGGAAUUGGUAAAUCUCAAGAAAAAAACUGGGAAAAUUUAAAACCCUUGAUUUUUGAAGUGCUUAUGGAUUAUUUUUCAUCAGGAAAAUCUGUAAUUUCUGAUGUCCCGCAAGACGAAGACACAAAAAUUAAUGAUACAGAUUCUGAAGACUUAGCAAUGAUAAAAGAAAUUAUAGAGUACCGCGUAAAACCCUUUGUAAGAGAUGAUGGAGGCGAUGUUCGAUUUUUAAGCUUUGACGAAGAAGCAGGUGUUGUAACAUUAGAAAUGAGGGGGAGCUGUGCUGGAUGUCCUUCAAGUGCAGUCACAUUAAAAAACGGGAUUGAAAAAAUGCUCACUCAUUAUGUUCCUAAGGUCAAAAAAGUUGAAGGAGUUGAUGCAUAG